AUGAAGGAAAUUUUCGUUUUGAGAAUCAAAAUAAAAGAGUUUCCAAAGGCGGAUUGGCUUAUAAAAGACGGGAAAUGGACGGCCAACGUUGACAUUAGACGAUGUUUCAAUCAACAAACAACCAUUACCGAUCUUUAUCUCGAAGUGAGAGAUCAAGGCACUGGAAAGAAAGGAUCCGCGCAGAUCAGACACGAUCCACUCUCAACGGGCUUCCAAAUCGUUCCACUAAAGCCUGGAUAUACAAUAAACACUACAAAACUUUAUUUGGCUGUAUUUCAGGAUCCCCACCACUCGGCCACUGAUGGCGAGCUGGAGAUGCGAUGUGUGGGAAGUGAGCGGCCUUUGAGGGCACAGAUCCACUCAUACGCUGUCAGAGUCGGUGACACAAUGACUGUGGACAUUCCGGAGAGUUGGACUGAGAAGUGUCAUGUGAUUCGGUUAAAGUGGCUACGAAAGCUGAAUCGCGGAGGGGAUUCUCGUGAGCGCUUAAUGGUGAUCCCCAAAACGGAUUCGAGUUCGGAGAGUGGCGAGUUGAAUCUCGCAUUUCUUCACCCAAUCAACUACUCAUCGCAGUACACGGUGGGAGAGCGUGUCACUGUGAAAGCGAGUGUACAAGAUGAUACGUACAACUAUAUGGUUAUUUGCAAUGGAAAGGAUUUGACUCGUUCUGCUCGAAUCGAUCACAGUAAAACGAUCAAUUUUGAGGCGACAAGGAAAAUGUUGGGGAAUUGUGUCAUUUAUCUUUACAGUACGAAGACUCAGCAAGUGGAUAUGUUGCUCUUUUUCGUCAGUGACAAGUGCACGGGAUCAACAAUUCCAUCAAGAGAUACUAUGAAACCUGGGCAAAAAAUUACGAUCACGAUGAAUGGACAGAAAAAUGGAUAUGUGAUUAUGAGAACGCUUGAUGAGAAAAUCGCUAAAUUAAUGAAAAAAAAUGGAUAUGUGAUUAUGAGAACGCUUGAUGAGAAAAUCGCUAAAUUAAUGAAAGAAGAUCAACCCGGUUUGCCGAAACUCUGGGAAGGCCUCUUCUUUGCUCGAAAUUUCCAAAAAGAAGAACAAAUUCGAAUGUUCAAUUUAGUGACCUUAAAAAGCAUCAAGAAUAUUAUCACAAAAAAUUGUGCCAUCGCUGGUUCUCUCUUUAAUCAUAAAAUCUUGGGAGGAACUUGCCCCGAAGGAAAAGCCUCAACAUCAGCUGUUUCUGAUUUAUGUAUGCGACAAAUCACAACGAAUUGUCAGCCUGGCAUCACUCCAACUCAAGAAGCGGUUUGUGAUCGAAUGGGCUCGUCAGCCAGUUGCAGCUCUGGAAAACUGCAAAAAUUACGGGCUAAACUACCAGAUAAUGUGCGCAGCAGUUCGUUCAUGCGUUCAUUUGGUCGACCGACGACUUUUAUGGACGAUUUCGAGUUAGAGCCACCGAUUCUCCCGUCAGAUGAGAUGACUUUCACACGCUCGUAUUUCCCUCAUGUUUGGAUCUUUGAUGACUAUUCGUUGGGUCCAUUUGGCACUUCAGCGAUUCAAGAAGAAGCUCCACAUUCGGUUGGUCGUUGGGUGAUUCAAAGUGAUUAUUGGGCGCCGAAUGAGUUCUCAUUUUGUUCAGCGAUUCCAAAAUAUGUCACUUCAACAAAAUCUUUCUUUAUGGAGAUUGACAUGCCGAAAAAUGUUUACGUAAAUGAAUCGGUUACAGUCAAGAUCUCAGUGACAGCAAAUGAUUUAGAAGAAGAGAAACAGCUUUCAAUUUGUUACGGUAAUCUGCCGAGACAAUUGUGCGCGGAUAUGGGCCCGGCUGGAACCCAUGGACUACCCGCUUACUCAAGAAUUGUUCUUUCCAAAACCCAUCCAAUAACAACAAAGACUUUCAACAUGAGAUUUUUCAAAACCGGAGAAGUGAAGAUUGUGUUCAUGCUGAGGACUGAGGUUUAUGUGCCUGGGGAAGAGAAUCGAUGCGCAAAUGGGGAAGUGUUGGAUUCGAUUGAGCAACCGAUUAUGAUAGCGAAAAGAGCCGAAACAGAAGAGCACUAUCGACGAUUGAUUUUAUCAAUCGAGAAACCAGUGAGCAAAUCGUUAAAUGAUGCGAUUGAAGAGGUCGAUAGGGCGGAUGUUAUACGGCCAAAUAUCUUAGAUGUUUACGAGUAUCGAGCUCCUCACGAGGACGCACUGAUCUCCGAAAUUCACACCAACAUCGCUGACACUGAUUCCGUUUACAGUAUCACGGCCGAAAUCUCGAAGUUUUUACCGUCCAUUUACAUUCCAUUACGUAUUUCAAAUGAGUUGCGAGAGUCGGAAGCGUCAAGAAAAAAACGAGGAAUUGUUGGUUAUGGAAACACUUUCCUCUCCGAUGUCAUCAAAAAGCUCUCUGUUGAAUUGUACAAAUUCAAAUUAGAGCGAACGGUGUUGAGAAGAAAUGAUGCAACGACGGAGUUCUUGGAGAACAAUAUUGGAGCUUUGGUGGCUGACAUGUUGCGAUUCUCGGAUUGCUCGACGAACUCUUCUUGUGGUUAUUAUGAGUACGGACGACCGAUCAAUCAAAAUCAACGAUCGCCAGUUCUAACCGCAAUGUCAACCUCGCUUCUUUGUGAAGCGAUCGCUGACGAGAAACUCGUUUGCGGGAGUAUUCGAUGGUUGCAAGAAGUGAUGGUUCAAGAUUUCCACGAAAACGAGAGCAACUCAUUCACAAAUUUCAACGGAUUAGCUGACAUUGAUUCCUCUGAUCGUGCCUGGUUUUUGCGGGGAAUGUUGUUACAAAUCUCACAGGAUUGUGCUGCAUACACUUGUGUGAAAAACGACGAAGCUUGGAGCCGACUUUACGAGUAUUUCUACGACUUUGAGGAGAACGAUUUGACUGAUUUGAGAGCCGUUGCAGCGCUGGCUUAUAUGGCGACAAAUGCGACGAAUCACGUGCUAAGGCAGAAAUUGAAUGCAUCGAUUAAAGAAAACGUUUUCCCCUAUUGGGAAGCCGGGCGCAGAUCGCGUAACGUGCUCGAUCGGCUGCAGAACGGGCAACAGAAUUUCUUCAACUUGAAAGGGAUCAAGAGUGGUGACGUGCUGGUGAACGCAUUGGGAGUGCUUGCGUUUGUCGGUCGAAGUGUCGAUGUGCCAAAGUUGAUGGAUUUCGACUCACUCGCCGAUUGGAUUUACGAGCAAAAGAAAGAGGAUGGGACUUAUGAAAAUGCUUUGGACACUUAUUUCGCAGCUCGUGCCCUUUACGAGUACCGUAGUCGGAAAGUCGACAUCGGGCCGCCGAAUGAGAAUCUCAUUGUUGAGAUCUCGGCUCCGCAUUUUGCCAAGAAAAUUGUUAAUGUUACUGAUACGUCAAUGCUGAUUUAUCUGCCGACAAACGUUCGAAAUAUCACAAUCAAAACAAAAGGCUUUGGUAAAGUAAAGGCCGGGAUUCGUGUAUUAGCUGCAAGGCGACAACGAAAUCGAAGAGAGCUUUCCGAGCCGGAUCUUCCAAUCAAAAUGACCGUUAAUCAGCAAAAAGAUCAACAACGAGAUAUCAUUAUGCAGACUGUUUGUUUAACUUCUUUGUCUCCAUUAAUCGACACUUUCGAGAUCGUUCACGGGCUUUUCACCGGUUUCACAACUUACUUUGACAAGGUGGAAAUCGUUGGGCAAUCCGAUCUCAAAAUGAUCAAUCUGCCGAUGGUUUCCUCGUAUGCGAUUCAUAUGACCGUUCAGCUGAACAAAACGAACACACAAGGAUGUUAUAAAGUAGCCGUUUUCCCGCCAAAUCAUCCCCAUGAGCCGACCUCUUUAGCGCCGGUGGAGAUCAGUUGUCGACAUCCAGUAAAUGAUAUCGUUGGUCAAGUGUUGAUCUCACAUCCAGAUGCGGUGGCUCGGGGGAAAACAAAACGAAACGCCGCCGUGCACGCCGUUUUGAGGCUGAGAAAGCAUUCAUCCAAACGGCGAGCUCGUGCCGCAAUCGAUGAAACGAUCGAGUCUGUGUGUUUCAAUGGUGGUCAGUGUACUUGCGGUGAAAGUACUUGUGCGGACACUUAUUUCGCAGCUCGUGCCCUUUACGAGUACCGUAGUCGGAAAGUCGACAUCGGGCCGCCGAAUGAGAAUCUCAUUGUUGAGAUCUCGGCUCCGCAUUUUGCCAAGAAAAUAGUUAAUGUUACUGAUACGUCAAUGCUGAUUUAUCUGCCGACAAACGUUCGAAAUAUCACAAUCAAAACAAAAGGCUUUGGUAAAGUAAAGGCCGGGAUUCGUGUAUUAGCUGCAAGGCGACAACGAAAUCGAAGAGAACUUUCGGAGCCGGAUCUUCCAAUCAAAAUGACCGUUAAUCAGCAAAAAGAUCAACAACGAGAUAUCAUUAUGCAGACUGUUUGUUUAACUUCUUUGUCUCCAUUAAUCGACACUUUCGAGAUCGUUCACGGGCUUUUCACCGGUUUCACAACUUACUUUGACAAGGUGGAAAUCGUUGGGCAAUCCGAUCUCAAAAUGAUCAAUCUGCCGAUGGUUUCCUCGUAUGCGAUUCAUAUGACCGUUCAGCUGAACAAAACGAACACACAAGGAUGUUAUAAAGUAGCCGUUUUCCCGCCAAAUCAUCCCCAUGAGCCGACCUCUUUAGCGCCGGUGGAGAUCAGUUGUCGACAUCCAGUAAAUGAUAUCGUUGGUCAAGUGUUGAUCUCACAUCCAGAUGCGGUGGCUCGGGGGAAAACAAAACGAAACGCCGCCGUGCACGCCGUUUUGAGGCUGAGAAAGCAUUCAUCCAAACGGCGAGCUCGUGCCGCAAUCGAUGAAACGAUCGAGUCUGUGUGUUUCAAUGGUGGUCAGUGUACUUGCGGUGAAAGUACUUGUGCGGUUCGGUGCAAUUCCUGUCAACGAUCCACCCCGCAAAGCGUUCGGAAAGAGAUCUGUCGAGAUGGGGCUUUUGGUAUCUUCGGUAAACUCAUCGAAAAGCGUGAAUCCACUAUUUCUGUCGGUUCUUCAACUGCCAUUUACAAUAUCUAUAAGAUGCAUGUUUUGCAAACGUUGAUGAGAGAUGAGAUAAUCGAAAUGAGAAAUAAUCAAAUCGAGAUCUGGUUGAGGAAAUGCAAUCAACGAUGCAAUAAAGAUAUUUCGAUAAACAAAGAAGAAUCGUAUUUUGUGAUCGGUGACAGAAAUGAUUUAAUUGUGGAUACGGAUGCUAGAACAAACUACGUGCUCCGAUUGACGGAUCGUUUCGAAAAAUCGGUUUCCGAGUGUGGUCUCUAUCAAAAUAUUUUCUGGAGUGGACCAUUCAAUUACACGAGUUGUGACGAUUCGAAAAGACGC